GUUGUUAGAAAUUACAGUAGUGUUUUAACAAUUAAAAUGAAUUUGGGUUUCUUUGGGUCAAUGUAAUCAAUUUUAAUCGAUCAAGAUUCAAGUGAUAUGUCUCGAUUCACAAUGUGUUGCCUAUCAUGAAGCAGUUAAUUAUAUUAUUGAAACUCUAUUGUAUUGUAUUAUUGUAUGUGAUAAAAAUAGUUUUAUGAAUCAGUGAUUCAUAAAAGACGAAUUUUCUACCUAGGCAUAGUUAGAUAGGCAUAUAGAUAUGUAUAGUUAAUUAGUCUUUGAAUGAAUCUGACUUUAUUGUGCACCACAUAAAACAAUGCAGUGAAAAGAUACACAAAAAUCUUAACAAUAUACAAUUUGGAAGUCUUAUCGCUACUAACGAUCUAUUUCAGGCAAUCAAUGGUGUGAAAGAAAUUACCUAAUUUACGUGAGGCGCGACGUCACGGAAUGGCUGCGUGGUGGUUGUGUGUCACCACCCUUAUAUUUGCUGCUGGGUUGGCUGCUGCGCAGGGGCCGGAAAAGCGACGAACGGGAAAUGUCUGUAACGUGGAUAUAGAUUGCCCAGACAACGCCUUCUGUCGACAGAGCAGCUACUGUGUUUGCAAAGAUGGCUUCGUGUACGCAGCUGUCAACAGCACUCAUAAAGGAUGCUUAAAAGAAGCUAAAAACGGCGAAGAAUGCGUCCAACACAUUCAGUGCCACUCGACGAUGGGAGUCCACUCUGAGUGCAUCAACGGAAUUUGCGCCUGCGCUCCCACUGCGCAUCUUGAAACCGAUCGAUGUUACGAGACUGCAGUAAUUGGUGAGCGUUGUGUGGUGGACCAGAACUGCUUCUUGGGUGAUAUGGGUGCUGAGAGACAAGCAUUUUGCGUGCGCGGAUAUUGUACGUGUCAGUUACAGUACAGCCCGAGGGAUAAUGGAACGAGGUGCGUCCGUGAUGCUGUCCUUGGUGAAGAGUGCGAAGAUGAGUUGCAGUGCGCAGGCGUAGGGCUGGAGUGUCGGGGCAUUUGCCGGUGUAGAAACAACUGGGUGGCCUUCCAGGAUAUCAACGCUUGUGUUGAAUCCGCAAAAGCCCUCGAAGACCCAUGCCAAUACGACGUCCAAUGCGACGCUUUAGCUGGAGCAACCGAAGCACCUUCUCCGGGAGCUGCGCUAUGCUUGGGAGGUGCAUGCUCCUGCGCAUACGACGCAAGAGCUGUGGGCAACCCGCCUCGCUGCUGGCGGAGAAAGCGACCAGGACAGGAUUGUAAUAGGGAUGAGGAAUGUGUAUCAGAAGAAGACGAGCCCGGAUAUUGCCUUUCUGGUCGUUGCACCUGCAAGACCUGUUCACCAGAUGCCAGGGAUUUCGGAGCUGCAAAUACUCUUUCCUCGCCGUUAGCAGCUGCUGUUCUGUCAAUCGUCGCCAUUUUAGCGCGCUAGCGGCCAUUUUGUGACGUCGUGAUCCGCGCCAUCUUGUUAACCUAGCGUCAAAAAAAACAUCUAUUAUGCCGUCAAAUAAAA